UCACCAGGUAUGGGAAGUGUUAUAUGUUCAACGCAGCGGAAGAGGGGGAGGCGCUGCGGACCACCAUGAAGGGAGGGACGGGGAACGGCCUGGAGAUUAUGCUGGACAUCCAGCAGGACGAGUACCUGCCCGUGUGGGGCGACACAGAGGAGACAGCGUUCGAGGCAGGAGUGCGGGUGCAGAUCCACAGCCAGGCAGAGCCCCCGUUCAUCCACGAGCUGGGCUUUGGUGUUGCCCCGGGCUUUCAGACCUUUGUUGCCACUCAGGAGCAGAGG